GGACCCCCACCGUGUGUUUGUACCUACCCCUUGACUGAAAAUUUAAUUCUCUUUUUCUGUCAGGUGAGCUUAAACCGCGGACAGCGAGAUUCAAAUUCAAAUUUAAAUAAUGUUCUUUGACGAGCAAUUCUCGGAAUCCCCACAACUGACAUAGUCUACUUAUUAGGAACAUUAAAUUUUAACGGAUAAAACUAAAAAGUGCCAGGCAAACAAACGUGCAUCAGCGCGAUAAGUAACAAAUGAGGAUAGCGAUCCUUGAAACAGCAACCCAAGCGCCACAGAUUAAGCUGAAACGACUGAAAAAUCAAAUAUCUGUGAUUUUCGGUAGGAUAAAUGGAAAAUUCGGUAGUUUUAGGGGGGCUCAUCUGUGAAUCGGUAGGCAUAUCAAAAAUCGGUAGGAAUACAGAUAAAUCGGUAUUUCUGGUCACUCUGAGUCAACAUCGCAACACGAAUGUAAGCAAAACAACAAGUCCGCCUGCGUAUUGUUUUCGUGAAAAGUGGUCCUCCUCUGGUCCGCUCAUUAUCUUUCAGCUUUCUUGUAACGAUGUUCCGGGCUCGCUGCCACAGCACCACUACCACCACCAGCACCAACACCAGGUUGUGAAUCAUCUAAGGACAACGAGCUAUAGAAUGUGACCUACCUGAGGCGUAGUGCAGUGGACGACCGAACAAAAACAACACCUCCACCCACCCCUCCCUUCUCCGGGAAACAACAAACACAAGGAUGGAAUUUAAGUACGCCAGCUGGAUCGCGCUCAGCGUCGCCGUGUCGAUCAAUCUGUUCGGAGUGUUCUGGGUGACGACCAUGGUUAUCGGUUUGGUGCUCUUCCUGCUCGGGUUUCUUACCAUACUGUACUUACAACAUAGCGAUCUGGACAAGUUCCUCGACAGUGGCCUACUGGAGAAUCCGCUGGACGAACCAAAAUCGCUCGGACUUAGCAUCGUGCAAACCGAAUCGAGUCGAGGGGCAAAAGCGCCCCACCAGCCGCCCGGUGAUCCGUCCGCGGUCACCGGGGGCCACGGUACCCGCCGGCGCAACUUUCUCGAUGCCGGAAUCGAGCUGCUGUUUAAGAAGCGCGAACCACGAACCGGCGUCGGCGAGCAGCCAGCAAAAGCGAACGCAAUCACGGACCACCUAAUGCACCGUGGCCACCAUUUGCACCACUUCCACCAACGGGACCAUCAUACCAUUCUAGAUACGAGCCCGGUCGCCGAUCGGCCGCCGGCACUGCACCGGCAGCCCUCGCCCGGGGAGGAGCGGGGAAGCCGCGGCUGGAGACCGUUCGAGAGCAUUAAGAUACACACGGACAAGCGGCAGGCGGCAGCGGGGUCGUCGGCGUCGUCUAGCGGAGCGGACCACGAACCGGACAAGCAUCGAAGGAAAGAUGUAGGAAACGUUUCCAUCGGCGAAGAAGUGUCCGUCGCCUCCGCGCCACUCUCCUCGUUCAAAUCGUACCUCACCCAUCCGGAGGUUCUGCUGCACCGGCACGAAACGCCGCCCGGCUCGCCGAAGAAGAAAAAGAUCCUCAGCGGCAACAAACCGAUCGAUCAGCUGAUCCACACCAUCCUCGACUACGUGGUGCGCGAUUUCAUCGACUCCUGGUACACGGUCGUGUCGGACAAUCGCGAGUUUUCCGAGUGCAACAUACGCACCAGCAUCGAAUCGCUCAUCCUGCAAAUAUGCAACCGCGUGCGAUCGGUCGAUCUGCUGCCGCUAAUGACGACGCGACUGAUCGACGAUCUGGCCAAGCAUACGCGGUUCUAUCGGCUCGCCACCCAGGAGGUGACAAACAGUGCCAACAGCAAAAGCUCCUCCACCACCAACGCCACCCCCACCGGCCUGGACCAGCAGAAGCGGCUGAAGAUGCACGAGAAGCUGUCGCCGCAGCGCCGCACCCUGAAGGUGGAGGGCCACCGGCGCAACAAGAGCGAAACCGACCUGACCUGGCAGCUGGGCCAGGCCGCUCUGCAAAAGAACGUGGCCAACUCGCGGUUCUACAACGUCCCGGUGGAUGAGCAAUCGCUCGGCGAUCCGGAAACGAUGCUGCUGAACGCGUUCUUCGGCUUCUGCGAGGAGUACCGCAGCGAGUGCCUGGAGCCGGACGCACUGAACGAGUACUUCCGGCGCGUGUCCGAGACGGUGCUGUACUUUGUGCUGCCGGAGGAGGACUUUAACUGUCUCGCGCUGCGCACGCUGCUGUGCAAUCUGCUCGCGAACAGUUUGCUGAAGCCGGCGUUCAGCACGCUGGCCGAGCCGGACUUUAUCAACCUGCAGAUCGCGAAACAGUUCACCAAGGAGCCGCCGGCGGGCGAGUUUCUGCUGAAGAUGAUCCGCCAGUCGACGGAUCUGUCGGAGCUGCGCGCCUGCCGCCAGCUGAUUACCAAAGAGAUGGACGCGAAGUACAAGGACAGCAGCUGCAGUGCGGAGCUGGCCAGCCUGAAGUACACCCAGAAGCUGAUCGAUCUGCGCAUCAGCCAUCUGCAGAACAACAAGAAUGACUUUGGCAAGACGGAGCGAGACAAAGCGUCCACCAGCCUGCCCCAGCUCACGCUGGACGAUAUACUGCGGAAGGAGCUGGCCGUGUUCUACUAUCUGGACUAUCUUAGUGUAUUAAAUCUGCAAAAGUAUGUGAUAUUUUAUCUCACCGCUCAAGAAUGGAAAAUUAGUACCAGCCAAUGCUACUCCGAGAUGCAGACGAACAAAUCGAAGCUCAGUCGGGAGGAACUGCUCCGCAGCAUUCGCGACAAGGCGAGCAAUCUGUACCAAGAGUAUCUGCAACCCUCCUCGCCCAACUACCUGAACAUCGAUCCGGGGCUGAUAGAGGCGCUGAACUUCCGGCUGAACGAUCCCACCAUCCAGCCGGAAAACACCUGGUUCGACUCGAUCUGCAAGUACAUCUACGAGAAGCAGAAGAACGAGGAAGUGUUCCUGAACAACUUCUACCAGAGUGUGGCCUACAAGCAGCUGCUGCGCGAGCUGGACUUUCACAACGCGCACGAUCCGGACAUGCCGUCGCUCGACCACCUGACCGUGCUGGGCGGGCUGUCCGCCCACAGUGACAGUGCGAGCGACACGAACAGCGGCGACAUACGCUUCGACGAGACGGACGACGAUGAGGACGGUGCGGCGACGGGCACGCAACCUGCUACCGCCACCACCACGCUACCGCCGCCCAUCACGGUGGACAUCAAGGAGGAGCACGAUGUGCGGGCGGGCACCAGUGCCGCGAAGAAACCGUCCCCUGCCAGCCUGUUCCCGACCACCGUCAACACGAUCAAGCACGCCCGCUCGCACAGCGACUGUACCGGGAUGUUUGCCGCCAUCAACGAUCUCAACAUCGAGCAGCUGCGCCAAUCGUCCGACUGUUCCAGCAACGAUUCGGGCAAUGAGGCAACGGCCGUGCUGUCUGCGCCCCGCCGCAUCCCGGCACCCCAUCUGACGGACGUGUCCUCUGUCCAUGAAGCGAACCAUCAUCAGCAGCAGGGUCAUCUUCACCAUCAUCACCACCACCACCACCUCCACCAUCAUCAGUACAAGCAUAAGCUGUCCGCGCGCAUCAUCAACACGGCGAUACACUGCGAGGGCCACUAUGCGGUGUACGCGAUCCAGGUGCACGUGAUCGAGGACAAUCACCACAAGAGCUGGCACAUCUACCGGCGCUACUCGAAGUUUCUCGAGCUGAAGAAGCUGCUGGUGAAACGGUUUCCCGCCCUCGACCGCGUCCCGUUCCCCGCGAAGAAAGCGUUCCAGAACACGCAGCGCGCCGUGCUGGAGCACCGGAUGGAGAUACUGAACCGGUUUUUGGCGGAAAUCUGCGCGAAGGCGGAACUGUCCGAGGAGAUGAUGGCGAUCAUACGGAACUUUCUCGAGCCGGACACGGACGACCGGAAGAUGCACGGUGGACCGGUGGUAAAGACGAUCGAGAGUCUCAAGUCGGGCAUGAGCAAGAUACGCAACAUGCCCGACACGCUCGUCGGCGGCAUCUCGCGCAUGUUCGUGGGCAAGAGUGCGCUGAAGGAGCGCAGCUUCUACGACAUCCAGGACAUACCGACGCUCGAGCUGAAGCAGUCCGAGUAUCCGGCCCUCGCCUCCGCCCUCAACCUGCUGGACGAGGUGUUCGAUUUGCAGAACAAAUCGCAAUGGUUGCGCCGCGGGCUGAUUAACCGGCUGCUCGGUGCGCCCUGGGUUAGCCACGCAACGAACAAGCGCAUCGUGCAGGGCGCUAGCAGCCUGCUCGCACCGGACAAGCUGGAGGCGAUCCUUUCCUCGAUACUCAACAACGUGUGGCCCGAGGGCGAUCGCUUCAAUCCAACCACGCCGCUGCGCGAGGACAGUACCCGGUUGCGCACGAAGCUGGCGGCAAAGAUUUCCCUAUUUGCGCUCCUGUCGGACGAUCUGAAGCACGUGGUCGGUUCGGUGACGUGCAACAGCGGGCUGCUCAACUUCUUCCAGAUGCUGCAGAACAAGAAGCUAAACACGCGCCUACUGCUCAUCCUGUUCAACCGGUUGCUGGUGGUGAUCCUGCAGACGGAAAGCGUUACCAAGCACGCCCAGCUGUUGCUGAACACGACCGGGGGAGCCGGGGGGACGACGACGAACGGUACGGACGAGGGGGCAACGAUACGCGUCGGCGCAACGUCGGGGCUAAUGUCCGGUGCACGGAAACCUUCCAGAUAUUCGUAAAUUCUCUAAAAAGCAUUCCAAACAAACGAAACAGUAUGCGCCGUGCUUGCAGAAGUGGGCAGAAGCUAACCUAUAUAUUUUUUUAAACGAAACUGUAUUAAUUGAGAUGAUGCUAUGUUUGAUUUGCGUCGCUUUUAUCGCGCCAUUCCAACAUUGAUUGGUAUUGAUUUAGUGUUUUUGCUGUGUUUUAUUAGUUAGACCCUUCAUUAGGACCGUUUUUACUGUUAAUAAUGUCGUUAAUACGUGUCAUUGGUGGCAUUUUAUGGUGUUGCAAUGGUGUUUUAGUGUAUUGUUUGAUGCCGAACGCCUCUCUUCAUGAUUGUCUAUUGCGUUAAUAGAGUAGACCCACAUAUCAGGUGCUUAAUAACAAAAUGUUCGUUUUCUCCCCCUUUUGCUUUUGCGCUGUUCUCUCGCUUUGAGCCAUAUUUUGUAGCUGCUUAAAAAGGGUGAAACACCCGUUGUGCCGAUGGAAGGAGAACGAAAUGAUCAAAUCGUCUGCGAGAGGCUGUAACCGUGUAGAGUACAUUAUUAUUAUUGUUGUGUGUAGCGAAAAGAGGGAAUAAAAACGAUGAAACUAAA